GAGGCCGGCGCGCGCCGGGGGGCGGGGCGGGCGCGGAAGGUGCGGGCCCCGCGGCGCGGCCAUGGAGUGAGGCGGCGCGGACUCGCGCUCGGACCGACGGACGCACGCGCGGACCGACGGGCGGCCGGGCUCCGCGCGCUGGAAGAUGAACAGAGCAGAUUCACCAAAACCACCAGUCGCUCCCAAGCCAAAGAUUGCCAGUCCCCUCACGCCAGUGACGGCACCCAAAUUUCCUUCGUCACCCCGGCCUGAUAGUCUUCCCAGUCCCAACUCCAUGUCUAGGGGGCCGAAACCCCCCAUUGCCCCUAAGCCCAGGCUGGCCACCCCCAACGAGUGGAGAGCCAGCAUGUGCAUGAUCAACAGCUUGAACAAAUGCAGCAAUGGGAAGCUGCUCUGUGUAGACAGGGGGCUUUAUGAAGAGCACCAGUCCAACCUGGAAUGUUCCGAGUCUGAGGCAGACAAGGAUUACAUCGUGGUCCCCAGGGCUCCGCCGAGGGAAGAUGAACCCAGGGAUGGGGAUCCUGUGGAGAAUGCAGUCAUGGUGCCUCUGGAUGCCACUGGGGAAGAUGCCUGCCAGGAGGGAGGCGAGGAGUGUGACACAGAGGGGACGGGAGCGGCUGAGGACUUGGCUACCCCAGCCAAAGUGGUGCUGAGUGGAGAGGGUGACGAAGGGUUAGCCCCCACUCCUGAGAACAUGGAGGAGGAGGACUGUGCCCGUGACGCAGCGGCGGAGGAGCAAAAGUUCACAAGUGAGGAGGAAGAGAAGCUGGUGGAGGAACACACGUUCAGCCUGGAGGACAAGAGCCCUCGGGAUGGAGAGGCAGUCUUUCUGAGCGAUAUCAUCCUAACUCAUGUCAGUUUAGAGGAUCCAGCAGCUCCUGAGGAGGAGCCGGGGGCCCCUGGGACACCCAGGGAGGCAGAGGAGAAUGGCGAGGAAGGCUGUGCCAGUGCAGAACCCGGGGCGCCAGAUGCGCAUGUAGAUGCCAGCAGGCCCACCGAGGGGGACACUGAAGACGCCAGCGAGGAUCCACCGGAGAAUGAGGGAUUGGCCCCGGGCAUCCGGGAGGCGGAGAUGGCCACAGACAGCCCUGAAAUCUCUGAGGAGUGUGAGGACGCCACAGGCGGUGGUGACCAGAAUGAUCAGGAUGAGCCAUCUGAGCAAAAUGAGGACACUGACCAGGAAGAAGUGGCAGCAGUCACCCAGGAGGCGGGAGAAGACCCUCUAGAGAGCGAAGACCCCGUGCAGGAUGAACCUGCUGAGGAGAGCUGCCAGAUCAUUCCUUUUGAGAGUGACUAUACGGACGACUUCGUGGCCUCACUCUCUACGAGUCCCUACGAGUUCUUCCCGACCGAGAGCACCUCCUUCUGUAGCGAAAGCUACUCUCCUUUUUCCGAAUCAGCAAGAGGCUUAGAGUCUGAGCAGGAAGCACAGUCGAGAGGACCUGUGGAGCAGGACCCUCUGGCUGGAACUUCAUGUGGCCAGUGUGGCUCCCUGCAGGGUGGCACUGAGGAGGGCCCCGCUGUUCCUGAUGCGGUCGUGCCGGAGGAUGAGGACGCUGCGGAUGACGCGCUCACCAACCCCUAUGAGAUGGGAGUUGGCCUGGCGUGUGGGGCUGACCCUGGAGAGGGAGAGCAGCCUGAGACACGGGCUGCAUCAGACGCCCUGGGUGAUUCUGGCGUGAUAGAAGAAAUGGAUUCUGAUGCUGAGGGUGGCCUGGUCACCAUCGACAGAAAGAACAUCAUCACGAGGGCCAGGCCCCACUCUGGGAAGGUGGCUGGCUAUGUCCCAGAAACCGUCCUGGAAGAAACUGGACCAGAAGCUGGCUCAUCAGCUGUCGGCAUUGGAGGUGCCAAGGAGGUGAGAAAGACGGUUCUGUCGUUGGAGGGGAAGCCACUGGAAGCCAGCAGGGCCUUGCCAGCAAAGCCCAGAGCCUUCACUUUAUACCCUCGAUCGUUCUCCGUGGAAGGCCGAGAGAUUCCCAUCUCCUUGUACCGGGAGCCGGAGGCAUCUGGCUUAGACGACCAUAGGAUCAAAAGGAAAGACGACAACCUUUCUCUGCCCUGUAUGAUUGGCUCCUCUGGGAGUUUCUCCCAGAGGAACCACCUUCCAUCCAGUGGCACCUCGACACCGUCUUCCGUGGUUGACAUCCCACCCCCUUUCGACCUGGCCUGUAUCACCAAAAAGCCCAUCACAAAGAGCUCUCCCUCGCUCCUGAUCGAGAGCGAGCCCCCAGACAAGCAUACCAAGAAGAAGAAAUCUUCCUUCAAGCGGUUCCUGGCGCUGACGUUUAAGAAGAAGAGCGAGAGCAAAGUGCACGUGGAUGUCAGUGUGUCUUCCAGGUCCUCCUCAGAGUCCAGCCACCAUGGGCCUUCCAGGCUGCUGGAGAUUGACCGAAGGAGCCUCAGCAGCUCGCCUCAGCUUAAGGCUCGGACCGGCAAGCUCCGGGCUUCUGAGUCGCCCUCCUCCCUCAUCUUCUACAGGGAUGGCAAGAGGAAGGGCGUCCCUUUCAGCAGGACGGUGUCCAGAGUGGAGUCCUUUGAAGACCGCUCCCGGCCCCCCUUUCUGCCCUUGCCCCUGACCAAGCCACGGUCCAUCUCGUUUCCCAACGCCGACACUUCGGACUACGAGAACAUUCCAGCCAUGAACUCGGACUACGAAAACAUCCAGAUUCCGCCCCGGAGGCCAGCAAGGGCCGGGACAUUUACGAAGCUGUUUGAAGAUCAGAGCAGAGCCCUGUCAACAGCAAACGAAAACGACGGCUACGUGGACAUGAGCAGCUUCAACGCCUUUGAGAGCAAACAGCAGAGUGCAGAGCAGGAAGCAGAAAGCGCCUACACAGAGCCCUACAAGGUCUGUCCCAUCUCGGCGGCAGUCCCCAAAGAGGACCUCACCUCGGAUGAAGAGCAGGGAAGCUCGGAGGAGGAGGACAGUGCUGCAAGAGACCCCAGCCUCACGCACAAGGUGGAAGGACAGUCCAGAGCCUAUGUCAUCGCACAGGAACUGCUGUCUUCAGAGAAAGCAUACGUGGAGAUGCUCCAGCACUUACAUGUGGAUUUCCACGGAGCUGUCAUGAGGGCCUUGGAUGAGAUGGACCAAGAGGGCCAGGACACGUUGGCCAGGGAAGAGCUGAGGCACAGCCUGAGUGAGCUCCCAGCCAUCCACGACCUUCACCAGGGGAUCCUGGAGGAGCUGGGGGAGAGGCUGCUGCACUGGGAGGGCCAGCAGAUGGUGGCUGAUGUCUUCCUGGCCCGGGAACAGGGGUUUGACCACCAUGCUGCCCACAUUCUGCAGUUCGACAGGUCCCUGAGUCUGCUCGGGGAGCACUGCCUCCAUUCCCCCCGGCUGGCAGCUGCCGUCCGAGAAUUUGAGCAGAGUCUGCAAGGAGGCAGCCAGAACGUGAAGCACCGGCUGCUGCGGGUGGUGCAGCGCCUCUUCCAGUACCAAGUGCUCCUCACAGACUAUUUAAAUAACCUUUGCCCGGACUCGACUGAGUAUGAUAACACACAAGGUGCACUCACCCUCAUCUCCAAAGUCACAGACCGCGCCAAUGACAGCAUGGAGCAAGGGGAAAACCUGCAGAAGCUGGUCCACAUUGAGCACAGCGUUUGGGGCCAAGGGGAUCUCCUCCAGCCAGGAAGGGAGUUUCUGAAGGAAGGGACCCUGAUGAAAGUAACGGGGAAGAACAGACGCCCCCGGCACCUGUUUCUGAUGAGCGAUGUGCUCCUGUACACUUAUCCCCAGAAGGAUGGGAAGUACCGGCUAAAGAACACAUUGGCGGUGGCCAGCAUGAAGGUCAGCCGCCCUGUGAUGGAGAAAGUGCCCUAUGCUCUAAAGAUCGAGACUUCCGAGUCCUGCCUGAUUCUGUCUGCAAGCUCUUGUGCAGAGCGGGACGAGUGGCACGGCUGUCUGAGCAGAGCCCUCCCUGAGGACUAUAAGGCCCAGGCUCUGGCUGCCUUCCACCACAGUGUGGAGAUUCGGGAGAGGCUGGGGGUCAGCCUGGGGGAGAGGCCCCCCACCCUGGUGCCUGUCACCCAUGUUAUGAUGUGCAUGAACUGCGGCUGUGACUUCUCGCUCACCCUGAGGCGUCAUCACUGCCAUGCCUGUGGCAAGAUUGUGUGCCGGAACUGUUCAAGAAACAAGUACCCUCUGAAGUACCUCAAGGACCGGAUGGCCAAGGUCUGCGACGGCUGCUACGGGGAGCUGAAGAAGAGGGGUGGGGACGUGCCAGGCCUGAUGAGAGAGCGGCCAGUGAGCAUGAGCUUCCCCCUGUCCUCCCCCCGCUUCUCGAGCAGUGCCUUCUCAUCCGUCUUCCACAGCAUCAACCCCUCGACCUUCAAGAAGCAGAAGAAAGUCCCUUCAGCCCUGACCGAGGUGGCCGCCUCAGGAGAGGGCUCCACCAUCAGUGGCUAUCUCAGCCGCUGUAAGAAGGGCAAGAGGCACUGGAAGAAGCUCUGGUUUGUCAUCAAAGGCAAAGUGCUCUACACCUACAUGACCAGUGAGGACACAGUGGCCAUGGAGAGUAUGCCCCUGCUAGGUUUCACCAUUGCCCCAGAAAAGGAAGAGGGCAGCAGUGAAGUAGGACCUGUUUUUCACCUUUACCACAAGAAGACCCUAUUCUAUAGCUUCAAAGCAGAGGAUACCAAUUCAGCUCAGAGGUGGAUUGAGGCCAUGGAAGAUGCAAGUGUGUUAUAGCAGUUAUCAAGCAUGUGGACUCAGAAUAAACUCUUAGGUUGAUAUGUGGACCCUUCCAGAAGCCAAUUCGUGUCUCUAUUCAUCUGGACACAUCUGGAUUCAGCAUGGGGCCUGAUCUUUCUUGCUGUAACCCCCCCCCACACACACACCUUCACAAGUGGAACUCUUCAGAGAUAUUUAUGGACCCUUCCUUCUCUGUCUUCAUGUUUUCCACCCCUCCCCCAAGACCCUGGCAUAAACUAUCUCCUUAUCCAGCAGCAAGUUAGAAGUUUAGUAACAUGAAGACAUGGAAACCAAUAGAAAAGUACAUUUUAGAAAUGCAGGCUUUUUAAUAGAAACAAGCUUUUACAAUUUUUACUCAUGGUAAAUAUCACCUUUCAUGUUGUUGAUUUUGGUGCCUCAGGUGACACGAGAAACAACCAGUAAAUAACAGCUACUCUCACUGAAAGCACUUUAUUGUUUUACUGAGCUCCAACCUCCAACUUUAUAUUUGCCCAGUGAUUUACUUAAGUAAGUAGCAGAUGAAGUCCUGUGGACUAAUUUGCCACGAAUACUCAACAAGGGUGUACAUACAAUUGGUGUGUACAAACCUAGCUAUGGCUUGCUGGUGCACAAGUGACACUCGGAGGGGAGGGUCCUCCUUACCGUGGAGGGCCGCACUGCACUGGAUAGGAAGUCGAGGAUUUUCUUCUCCACUUGAUCCUGCGAUCUGAAUACUGACAUGAAUUCAUAAAGGGAGGACUCCCUCCUUCCCACGGAGAUCCUCAACACUACACCUGUGCUGGAAACUCGGCUGCUGGCAGAUCCGGCCCCACCCUGGAGGUCACUGCAAACCCUCUGAAGCGACUGGUCUGCUUUAAUUUAUUGUGUGCCUUCCUGAGUUUACCCCACGCAAGCUGACAGCAUUAUGUUUAUGAGAACCUGUACUUAUUUUUGACAUGGUAAUCCUUCAGCUGUGUUACUGAAGCUUGAAAGACAGAAAACCAGAUACAAUCAGAAGGUGAAUUCGUGGUUGUGGCUUAUGGCUCUGGACAUAAUGAGGGAGCAUAGAAGUAGCGGCUUGAAGAUACUCUCUGGACACCUGGGGCUCAGUCACCUCCUACUGAUGACUGCUGCUCGUUGUGCUGGAUGGUUCUUUACAUAAAGCAGA